AUGUUGCCUGAGACUUUCCUCAGAAGCAUUGACGCCUUCUCGGAGCCCUUUGACUGCCACGGCGUGGCCCUCGCUUGGGCUGGCGGCAUUGCGGUGAUAGGUGUGCUUCUGGUCUUCUGCGGGCAUCAGAUGAUUGAUAAGGCGCUUUGUGCCCUGGCCGGCCUGGUCGCAUUUGGCUUGCAGGCUGCGCUGGGCACGGCGUGGCUGGCGCACACUGGGCGAGACGAUUUCAGCCAGAAGAUUGUUGUGCUGGGCAGCUGCUUUGUGUGGGCCUUGCUCGCGGGACUUCUCACAUGGAGGCAGCGGCGCACCGUGCAGCAGGCGCUGGCAUUUCUACUUGGCGCUGCCGCCGCGGGCGGCGGUAUGGUUUAUUUGCUGUAUGUGCUGCGGACGCAGCUGGCUGCGGCGGGUGCAGGAGCACAGUUUGCGGCGCGCAACGCCGCUGUGGCUCUCGCGCUCCUCGUGGGCUACGCUGCGGCCAUCUCCCAACAGGCGAAGUACUUGUUCAUGCUGGUUACCAACCUGCUGGGAACAGUGAUGACGCUGGUCGGAGUGGACGCACUGCUUUCCUGCACCAACUUUUACAGCAUCAUGUCCAAGUCAUUUCUCCAGGACUUGCUGGUGGUGCUGCUGCUGUGCUCGGGCCUGGCUGUGCAGUUCGCCUUCAGACCAAGGCCGCCGAAGAAGCAGAGGCAGAUCCAUGCUGAGGCUGGCCAGCCUUAG